UGUACCGAACUGCUGUAAGAAAAAGUCAAAUCAACAUUUGUAUAUAUAGACAGAGGACAAGUUAGCUUUAAAAGAGAUGAGAAAAACCAUGAGAGAAUUCUUAUCAAUGGUGUUUAUUUUCUUCUUUGCAAAUAAAUUUUGGUUGUGUUCUAGUUGUUUGAAAGAAGAAAGAAUAGCACUUUUGAACCUCAAAGAAAACAUAAAUUACACAAAUGGUACAUAUUUUUCAUCAUGGGUGGAUAAUGAAAACUCAAAUUGUUGUGCAUGGGAAGGAAUUGUUUGCAGCAACACUAGCAAAAGAGUCAUUAAAUUGUCAAUUUCAGUGAAAUCACUUGUUAAAAAAAAUGAAUUUGGAAUUUACAAUUCAAAUACUGAUAAUUGGAGAAAUUGGCAAUUUAAUGCAUCUUUGUUUCUUCCUUUCAAAAAUCUGGAAGUUCUUCGUCUUCGUGGACAUUCAUUGGCCAAUUGGACUCCUAAUAAAGGUUUUGAUAAGCUGAAACAACUACCAAACCUCGAAAGUCUUGAUUUGUCUGGAAACAACUUUAAUCGCAGCAUAUUCCUAUCUCUUAGUCGACUUACAUCUCUCAAGUCAUUGAAUCUCGGAUCUAACAACCUUCGAUCAGGUAUUGGAAGAUUGUCGGGGUUACACAAUCUGGAAAUAUUAGAUUUAAGCGUUAACUUUUUGAACGAUGAAAGUGUUCAUUCUGUUCUAGAGCUAAAUACAUCUGGUACAACGUUGAAAAAGCUCGAUAUAAGGAACAACAGAUUUCAAAGCUUUAUUC